ACUAGGAGGGGCUGCGACGCCAGGGCGGGACCGUCUCCGGCUGGGAGGGAGGGCGGGCGGCGCGCAGACCCCGGAAGUCCCGCCCCGGGAGCGUUCGCCCUUGGGCAGUUUUCUGGGUGGGAAGUGCGAUUUUGGCGGGCGGUUGUGACGUUGCUAGCGCUUGUCCGGUGGCUGCUGCGCUGCCGCAACGAAUAGGGUUUCUGGCUGCGUAGGAGGGACGGGGGCGCGGAGCUCUGGGAAACUGCGCCAGGCGCCCGAAAGGUGAACACGGGAGUCGCGCGUCUCCCCCGCAGCAGCGGUAAAGCGGAAGUUAUGCUGCAGCCGGAGCCGCGUCCCGGGGCCCGGCUGCCCCGAGCUGAGCGGAGCAUCCUUUCCGGGUGAGGGGAGGAGGGGACUUGGCGCGUUCCCCUCGCUGCACCGGGAGCCGCAGCCGCGGUGUUCAGGCCGCGGAGCAGCCAGGCUCCUCCGCCGAAAACCUGCAUUUAUUUGCCUGCGGGACGUUUGCCUUGAAAAUGGACAAAGACGCCGCCCUCCGGGGUAUUCCUGUUUGCCUGACCCUGAGAGCGCCUUUUUGCUUCAAGACGUGUGGGAUGCUCCUGUUCUCCGAAUUCUGAUACGCUUCUGGGCAUAAUAUUGAAACACAAAACUGCUUUUGCUCUCUCUGUGGUUGGCCGAAAAUAGGAUUCUUUUUCGUGCAGGUGUCGUUGUUUAGUCGGCUUUAUUAACACAUUGAAAUGGCUCUACCCAAAGACGCCAUCCCGUCGCUGUCCGAGUGCCAGUGCGGGAUCUGCAUGGAAAUCCUCGUCGAGCCCGUCACCCUCCCGUGUAACCACACGCUGUGCAAACCGUGCUUCCAGUCGACCGUCGAAAAGGCGAGUUUAUGCUGUCCCUUCUGUCGCCGCCGGGUAUCGUCGUGGACUCGGUACCACACCCGAAGAAAUUCUCUCGUCAACGUGGAACUGUGGAAGAUAAUUCAAAAACACUAUCCCAGGGAGUGCAAGCUUAGAGCGUCUGGCCAAGAAUCAGAGGAAGUGGCUGAUGACUAUCAGCCAGUUCGUCUGCUCAGUAAACCUGGGGAACUGAGAAGAGAAUAUGAAGAGGAAAUAAGCAAGGUGGCGGCAGAGCGACGGGCCAGCGAGGAAGAAGAAAACAAAGCCAGUGAAGAAUACAUACAGAGGCUGUUGGCAGAGGAGGAAGAAGAGGAAAAAAGACAGGCAGAAAAAAGGCGAAGAGCGAUGGAAGAACAACUGAAAAGUGAUGAGGAACUGGCAAGAAAGCUAAGCAUUGAUAUUAACAAUUUCUGUGAGGGAAGUAUCUCGGCUUCUCCCUUGAAUUCCAGAAAAUCUGAUCCAGUUACACCCAAGUCUGAAAAGAAAAGUAAGAACAAACAAAGAAACACUGGAGAUAUUCAGAAGUAUUUGACACCGAAAUCUCAGUUUGGGUCAGCCUCACACUCUGAAGCUGUACAAGAAGUCAGGAAAAACUCCGUAUCUAAGGACAUUGACAGUAGUGAUAGGAAAAGCCCAACAGGGCAAGACACAGAAAUAGAAGAUAUGCCGACACUUUCUCCACAGAUAUCCCUUGGAAUUGGAGAACAAGGUGCAGAUUCUUCAAUAGAGUCCCCUAUGCCAUGGUUAUGUGCCUGUGGUGCCGAAUGGUACCAUGAAGGAAACGUCAAAACAAGACCAAGCAAUCAUGGGAAAGAGUUAUGUGUCUUAAGUCACGAGCGACCUAAAACCAGAGUUCCCUACUCGAAAGAAACUGCAGUUAUGCCUUGCGGCAGAACAGAAAGUGGGUGCGCCCCCACAUCAGGGGUGACACAGACAAAUGGAAACAACACAGGUGAGACAGAAAAUGAAGAGUCGUGCCUACUGAUCAGUAAGGAGAUUUCCAAAAGAAAAAACCAAGAAUCUUCCUUUGAAGCAGUCAAGGAUCCAUGCUUUUCUGCAAAAAGAAGAAAAAUGUCCCCCGAAUCUUCCCCAGAUCAAGAGGAAACAGAAAUAAACUUUACCCAAAAACUGAUAGAUUUGGAGCAUCUACUGUUUGAGAGACAUAAACAAGAAGAACAGGACAGGUUAUUGGCAUUACAACUUCAGAAGGAGGUGGAUAAAGAGCAAAUGGUGCCAAACCGGCAAAAAGGAUCCCCAGAUGAGUAUCACUUACGCGCUGCAUCCUCCCCUCCAGACAAAGUGCUAAAUGGACAGAGGAAGAAUCCCAAAGAUGGGAAUUUCAAAAGGCAAACUCACACAAAGCAUCCAACACCAGAGAGAGGCUCAAGGGACAAAAAUAGGCAAGUGUCUUUAAAGAUGCAGUUGAAGCAGUCAGUUAAUAGAAGAAAGAUGCCAAAUUCUACUAGAGAUCACUGUAAGGUAUCCAAAAGUGCUCACUCCCUACAGCCUAGCAUUUCACAGAAAAGUGUUUUUCAGAUGUUUCAGAGAUGCACAAAGUAAGGCCUGGUAAAGGGAGUGCUUUGUGAUCUAGUAAAGCUGGAAUGUGAAGCUCUUUCCUA